CACUGCUACUAGGACUAGUACGGUACAGGUAUUAACCUAGGUAAGCAGAAUGGGAACGGGCUUAGGUUAUUACAUUUAUUUUGAUCAGUGUACCUAUUACCAUGAAGCUGGCGCAGGCCUGGUGUCCUGCUACGUGUGGCCUAUGAGUCAUGAUUGCGCACGACGGAUUCAGCUUCAUGAAACCGGCAUUUGAUUGGUGGUAGCUAAACGAGUGUCUAUCAGAAGCUAGAGUGCUGAUGCAAGAGGCCGCAAAUGCACAUUGCUGCAGUUUAGCGUGCGCUGCAGGUCGGUUUUGACAAGAGCGAGUCAUAUGAUGGCCAGAGAUGCCGCUGCUGCCGCAUUGCUGCUUCAGCAGGGCAGUCAGUUCCAGGCAGCGCAGGAGUUUGCUUGGCUCGUUCGCUUUCUUUGCCCCUCUGGCAAGCGCAUGACCAGGCAGCAGGAACAGGAGCUGUUACUGAGGCCCAGCAAAGAGUUCAAAAAGCUGCGGAAGCUGACCGGAAGCACACCCGUAUUGGAGGGCCUUCUACACACUCUCAAUUACGAGAGCGAUGCUGCAUACCUCCUCUUGGACUGCAUACCCUUCCUGACGAGCGCCCCUGGCUUUGUAAAACAGAUCGGCAGCUGCGGCUUGGCCGACGCCCUCCUCAACUGCAGCCGUUGGCUCUUUCCCCUCGUCUCUUCCCUCCAUCCAACCAACCCACAACGAGCCCCUCCGCUCACUCCUUCCGACCUAAACCUCCUAGAGGCCGCGCACGCAAUCCCCGGAAUCAUCACAGCCAUCCUGGACCUCAGCGAAGAGUUCUACGCGCGCGCGCUGGAGGUGCGGCUCGUCUCGGCGAUCAUGGCCUUCUUUCCGUGGGGCGUUCCGCCGAGGGGCAGGCACAACGCGGAACGGAACACGUGGGGCGUGCGCACCGCGUUCCUGGUGGCGGAGGCGUUCAAGGCGUUCAUCGACGAUGCCGAGAAGGUGGCCCGCCUCCUGGGGUGCCACGUGGAGCUCACGGAGUGGCUGGUGCGUUUCGUCGACUUUCUGACCAAGUCCGCCGAGGCGCUCGUGCCGCGGGUGAAGUACGAGGAGCAACAUCUGGAAAUCCAAGACUCCGCGAAAGCCGUCAUGGGAAUGUUCAACUGCGCGAACGGGCACGCGCUUCUUGACCCCCCGAAGCUCCAGGAACUAGAGCGGGCGCUCGAGGCGCUCCUGCCGCACCUCGAGAAAGGCGCGCGGUUCCACGUGGACCUGUUUCUGACCAACGUGCACGGCCUGCGGCGAGUCGGACUCCCCGUAGAAACAAUCACCAAUGGAGCCGAGAUCACCGACUUGACCCACGAGCUUCAAUCUCUGGCGGUCCGCGCUUCGAAAGACCGGCGCGCAACCGACGCCCGACUCGAUAACUUUUUCAGAAAUUACAGGCUCCUGUCAGUAGCCUCUUCCCGGGACCUGGUUUCCCCGGAGCUGCUGAAAGUUCUCACGGCGGGUUUCGUAGACAAAGUCAAGGCCCCGGGCCGACUUUCCGAGGACUCGAAAGGCGUCCUCUCGGCGCUCAAAAACGCGCUGCGAGUCGCCCAAGGCGGGGGGAUCGACCCCGAAGUGUUCGAUGACGUGGCGCUCCCCUUGCUGCGACACGUGGAGCCCGCUCUUGACAAGCUCACCGGCAUCGCGUUUCAGUCCCUUCUGGCGGGGCUGAUAGAUUGGCGCCCGGACUUCGACGCCGCGCUGCUGAAAUCGAUCGCGGAGGACGGCGGCCCGAACGAGGCGCCGGUGCCGAGCCCGCGGCCGCUCGCGCACGCUGACGAGCGGCGCGCGCUCGCGAAUGAGAUCGCGGCGAAGCAGCGCGGCCGCCUUUUCGCGCCGGCCUGGGUACUGGUUAGGCACCGUGUGGACUUCGGCGUUUCGGACGAGGACCGCUCCGAAGACGUCGCGGCCGUUCUGCUCUGGUGCUGCGCUGAUUCCGGCCUCGUGGAGCGGAAGCUGCUCCCCAAGAUCGGGCUCCUCGUCCGUAUCCUCGCGCUUGCAUACGCACGGCUGGCCGAGAUCUGCGGACGGGGCGCCACGUCCGAAGCCGCCCGGCGCCCCUGGCCGGACAAGUGCCGGACGCUCGCGGCGCUGCUGCGGAUAGCGUUUGAGUCGACGGCCGGCAAACCCGCCGCGAGAAAGGCGCUAGUGGAAGAAAUUUCGAUCAACGGUGGGGUGAAUUUAUGUCGGGCGGUAACUAGGGGCGGGCGGCAGCCCGGGGACUUGAACCGGGAGUGGGCGGAGGCGGGCGAUCUGCUGUGGGUGCCCGGGUUCCGAGCGCUGUGCGCGGAGCUGUGGGAGACGAUCGCGGCGCGAUUUGGGUUGAAAGCGUGCAGUAAACCGACCUGCUCGCGCGACCUGUACGAGACGAAGAAGAAGGAGUUCCACAAGUGCAGUGUCUGUGCGCAAGUCCAGUACUGCGGCAAAGAAUGUCAGAAAGACCACUGGAAGGAGAGACAUAAAAGGGACUGCCGGUCGACAACGGACGCUUCUGGGCGGCAACGUACGUAGGUUUGUCCUGGUUUGUGUCCUGGCGCCAGAGCCUAAAACACAGCAUUGAGAUUAUGACAGAUGACAGGUGUUGCUGGUUAAGAAUAUUGUACAGCAGCGCAGACGAGCUAAUUAUGUCAAAGACGCGCGGCUACUGUCGUACGGUACUUUCAACGGUUCUGCGGCUAACGCCAUGAGUUAUGGUUAUGGCGACAUCCGACUCGCACGCGCUGAGCAGUAGGGAGUAGCCGACAUUAAUCACUUGUGGCAGUUGGAAGAUUUCCGAUCCUGCUCAUUGUGGACAGAGACGUUUAGAAUUCUAAGCUGAAGUCUCAGAAUUCAAUAUAGUCUUUGAUCGUGCAUGCAAACGCUGACCCAAUUGACUGAUGCGGC